AUGGAGGUGCUCGAAGAAGAUGUCCUUCCACCAAAGUGUGUAUUUGGAGAAGGAGUGAGUGAUGCGGAUUACGAGCAUGCGCAGCGAGUAUGGGAGAAAUUUGACUGUACGACCCUCGGACAGUAUGCUGAUAUCUAUUUGGCGACUGACGUAUUGCUAUUAGCAGAUGUGUUCGAGGGAUUCCGAGAGAUGUGUCUAACACAUUACGGAUUGGACCCAGCGCGUUAUUUGACACUACCAUCAUAUGCUUGGGACGUAAUGAUGUUCAAGACAGAUGUUAUCCUUGAUACCCUACAAGAUAUUGAUAUGUAUCUGUUUUUUGAGAAGGGUAUUCGAGGUGGACUGACCCAAUGCGUUACUAGACACGUUGUUGCCAACAAUAAGUUUACCAGAAUGGAAACAAUUGGCAAUGACCGAGACGGUCAGAACGCAGCAGCAUCAAGUGAAUAUUGCGAUGAAAGAGAUGACGAUACAUUUAUAAUGUAUUAUGACGCAAACAACCUUUAUGGGUGGGCAAUGUCGGAACUGCUCCCUCAUUCCGAGUUUGAGUGGUUAUCACGUCAGGAAUGUGACGACUUGGACAUUGGAAGAAUUCCAACAGAUGGUGAAUAUGGAUAUGUGCUGGAAGUAGAUCUAGAAUACCCCAGAGAUCCAGCACUGCACGAUCGACACAGGGAUUUACCAUUCUGUCCCGAGAUAUGCAAAGCGCCGAUUAACCAACUCCCAUACUCGUUGGAGGAAAUUAUCAAUAGUGGAGCAGGAAAAUCGAAGAAACUAAUGGCCACACUGAUGGAUAAGAGGGAAUAUGUAAUUCACUAUCGCUACCUACAACAAGCUAUAGAGAAUGGAUUACGUGUAACUCGAAUCCACAGAGUGAUUCGUUUUAAACAGUCGGCAUGGUUGAAACCGUACGUGACUAUGAAUACCGAACUUAGACAGCGUGCUGUAAAUAAAUUUGAGGUAGAAAUGUUUAAACUUAUGGUAAACGCUGUCUACGGUAUGAGUCUUCAGAAUGUGCGCAAACAUCAAGAUUUAAAGAUUGCAUCAUCCCGCAAAACAUAUACAAAGUAUGUAGCAAAAGCUAAUUUCAAUGAUCGUAUUUGGUUAAAUGAGAAUCUUGCCAUACUGAAUAUGUCAAAAGUGCGGGUAGUACUGAGCAAACCCGUCUACGCAGGGAUGUGCAUUCUGGACCACAGUAAGAGGUGGAUGUAUGGUUUCCAUUAUGACAUGGUAGAUAGGUAUGGAAUCGAUAGAAUAUCGAUGAUUUACAUGGACACCGAUGGCUGCCAUUAUUCAAUACGUACUAAGAACGUAUACCGCGACAUGUUAGAACAUUUGGACGACUUUGACACCAGUAACUAUCCCCGGAACCACAUUUGUUACGACGGAGGAAACGCUAGAGUUCUGGGGAAGUUUAAGGACGAAGCUGCCGGUGUGGCCAUUAAAAUGUUCAUUGGUCUGAUGUCGAAGCUGUAUUGUUUCACGUAUAGCAUCUUAACGUGUGCGCCUGAAGGAGACAAACGGAGAUGGUGCCAACUGUAUACCGCCGCCUGUGAAGAGAGCAAAAGGGGUAAAUAG